UGACGUGUGCUAAGGACAAAGCUCUUACACCGAAUAAAUGACUUUAACUUCAGUCUAAGAAAUGACUUGAACUUUAAUGGUAUUUUCACCAUAUUUGUCAAAGCUGCCACGGGAGUGUAUGUUUUGAGAGACACUCAAAGACAUGUAAUCUUUCAUUACGUCAUAUAUAUCUGUGUAAAAAAAAGAAAAAAAAAAGUCACAUCCAGGUGUUGUCGUUGAAAUGUGUAUUAAAUAUGUAUUUCUGUUUUGUAUAAAUAUGAAGGAUGCAUUACUAUACCACAUUGAACGUAUCUAAAAAUCACAAGAAAACUCACGAAAAAGGUUAAGUUACAAGAUUACUGUAAUCUCCAAAGACACCAGCGACCUUGAUCUGUCUUAUCUCUGAUACGGAAACAAUAAAGAAUGGAAAUCAUAUACGCCCUCGUGGCUUUGGCAGCGUUGUCAGCAGGUGUCAGUGCCGCCCCCUUGGUGACGCUGACGGACGGGCGUGUGUCGGGCGUGAACGAGCGGUCGACGAAAGGGCACGAGUUCUUCGCUUAUUACGGCAUUCCUUACGCCAAGCCGCCGGUGGACAAGCUCAGGCUCAAGGAUCCCGUGAAGGCAGACAGGUGGGCGGGCACGAGGGAUGGCUCUAAGAUGCCCCCGCCCUGUGUCCAAGUGCCCGCCGAACACCUUAUGCUGGAUCUUCCCAUUACGCUGGACGACAUCAUCGGAGAAGAGGACUGUCUCUACCUCAAUGUCUUCACGCCAAAGAGGAAGAAACCCGACGAGAGGCUUCCGGUGAUGGUGUACAUCCACGGCGGCGCCUUCUUCAUCGGCGGCGCCCACGAGUACCUCCCGCACGUCCUCAUGGACCACAACAUAGUGCUGGUUGUGAUGCAGUACCGACUGGGAACUCUAGGUUUCAUGUCGACGGAGGACAUGGCGAUGCCCGGGAACUUCGGGAUGAAGGACCAAGUCAUGGCCCUCCGCUGGGUGCAGGACAACAUCCACAAUUUCGGGGGCGACGCCGCCAGGGUCACCAUCUUCGGGGAGAGCGCGGGAGGCGCCUCCGUCCACCUUCACGUGCUGUCGCCCAAAUCUAAAGGCCUGUUCGCCCGCGCCAUCCUGCAGUCGGGAUCGGCCCUCGCGCCGUGGGCAGUGGGCGAGAAGUUCCGCCCGGCAGCCUUCCAAACCAGCCGCGUCGUCCGCUGCCCCAAGUGCAUCCUCACGAAGGACGUCACCUUCUGCAUGCAGCUCACCGACGGCAAGGAAGUGGCGUCGGCAGUGAAGAACUUCACGGCAAGCUGUUUUUGUUUUAUCCUCUUUGUAUUUUAUCAAUUCAUCAUGAAUUUCGUAUGUUUUUGAUUUUCUAAGUGUUUUACUAAUUCAUUCGUUUUAUCUUUUCAUGCAUUCACAUGCUUUUAAUGCUCAGUGCUUUACUUAUUUAUUUCUUGUAUCUAUUCAUUCAUUCAUACAUGUUUUCAUACAUUUAUGUAUUGAUUUAUUUAUUCUUUUAUCCAUAGAUUUAUCUAUCUGAUAAUGUAUUCCUUCCUCUCUUCUAUUCACU